ACAUAGACACCUGUCUCAUACUCAGGCCUACCUGUCACUCACACACCUUCCAUGCCUUGUGCAUUACCUGUCUUGGGAUGGGGCUCUUCAGUAGAGGGUCUGUGCCCAGUUGCAUACAACAUCCGUGUUCUCAAUUCACUGGUGGCUGCAAAAUAGUAGCGCCUAAUAGACGGGUUGGUUGUCUAGCAACAAAAGCAUUCAACUAUGGGGCAAAACAGACUGCGUUGGCCUAGAUUGACAACAUGUAAACUAUAUUUAGUCUCCAGAAUUUAUUGAAAACAUAAAUACAUUUGCACAAUGUGCACAUGUUGCCUCUCAAAUACAUGGUUACACUUGUUGGCUAGCAAGCUAGUGAAUUUGAGCCUUUUUAGCAUUGACAUGAAAUCAGGCAAAACACCUCAAAACAAGACGUGGUAUAGUUCAAGAAAAAUAUUAAACUAGUUGAAACGAGUCACUUACGAUUCCCCACGUAGCAGUUUCUUGUCAUUGUUGGUAGCUAUCUGGCCAUCCAGUCAUAAAAUCCACAGACUUCUGCCCCAUUGAAGUGUCAGCUGACAAUGCACGCAUCUUCAGUAUGCAUCUUGCAUUUGCACUUUUGGGAAUAGGAUGUUGCCCAGCGUAGCGUGUUUGACUGUGUUGUGGUUACGGGCAGAGGAAAUUGAACGUUUUUUUUUGCUGCAAGAGGAUACUAAGCAUGUCCGUCUUAACCACCUAAGCUAGAUAUUCAAGUGUGGCAGAGGCAAAACUCCACUGCAUCUGUUUGUCAAAUACUUUUCACACAACAAAGAUGUUGAACUCUCAUCAACCCCUUUUAUCCUUUCAAAGAGAUGGAGGUUGUGGAGAGGUAAAGCCAUGAAAAUAAUUAAACUGAACAAAUGAUAAAGCUCUACCCCAUUGCAAAGCUUAUUUUCUUUAUUCAAUAAAUGAAGACUGAGUCUUUUCAUUUAAAUAUUUUAUAAUGGUUUCUGUGGCAACAAGAAACGACAAAUCAUUGCGAUACGGGUCUUUUCAUUAUCAAGUGUGCCAUGUUUUUAGGUGACGGGACAGGACUGUUUUGGAAAAGAAAGAUCGAUAUACCCAAGCCUAGGAGUAAUCCCUCUGUGUUAAAUGUACCGUAGGCGAUAACCUAAUGAGAUGCAAUAUGUCUGCCUUAUUAUUGAUGAAAACUGUUGAAGAUGGAACCCGUAUCAGAGGACCCAUUAGUAAGCCCAGCAGAUGCACUCUGGUAGUGGAUGGUUAUUGCUCACUCACACGGCCAUUUAAACCUACAGGAUUUGUAGAAACAUGGGUCUCCAGGGAUUGUGGGUUGCCUGGUUUCCAGGAAAGCAGAUUUAAUCGAUGUUCCAUCUGUGCUGCUCUAUCCCCUCUGUCUCUCCCAGAGCGCUCAGGCCAGUGCCCUGUCCUGUCGGUGGCAGAUAUGCCCAGGCUAGUUACCACUCCAAUGACCUGUGAACAGCAGCUCUCCUCUGCGUACUUAAUGUUGAAAAUGGAAAGGCCAGCGAUCGUUCAAAGCAUCACCUUUGGAAAGUAUGAGAAGACUCACGUGUGCAACCUGAAGAAGUUCAAAGUGUUUGGUGGGAUGAGCGAAGAGAACAUGACAGAACUCCUGUCCAGUGGCCUGAAGAAUGACUACAACAAGGAGACCUUCACCUUGAAACACAAGAUCGACGAACAGAUGUUUCCCUGCAGAUUUGUUAAAAUAGUGCCGCUGAUGUCUUGGGGGCCCAGUUUUAACUUCAGUAUCUGGUACAUUGAGCUGCAUGGCAUAGAGGAACCUGAUGUAGUGCAGCCCUGCCUUAACUGGUACAGCAAGUACCGGGAACAGGAAGCGAUCCGCCUGUGCCUGAAGCACUUCCGGCAGCAUAACUACACAGAGGCCUUUGAGUCGCUGCAGAAGAAGACACGCAUCGCGUUGGAACACCAAAUGCUGACACACCUCCACGACCGCCUGGUACUCCGGGGAGACUUUGAUGCCUGUGAGGAGCUCAUCGACAAAGCCGUCAAAGACGGUUUAUUUAACCAGUACAUCAGCCAGCAAGAGUACAAGCCAAGAUGGAGUCAGAUCAUCCCCAAGAGUAACAAAGGUACAACCGCCCAAGAGCCAAGCCCAGAUGACAUGAACAGUGAGACAAACUACUCAAGUAAUGAGGAUGACAACAGACCAGGGAUGAGGGGAGGUCAUCAGAUGGUCAUCGAUGUUCAGACAGAGACGGUGUAUCUUUUUGGGGGCUGGGACGGCACACAGGACCUGGCUGACUUCUGGGCCUACAGUGUUCAGGAGAACCAGUGGGUCUGCAUCUCCAGAGACACAGAGAAGGAGAUAGUUUGUGUGAUGGCUUACCCCGUCCUCUCCCAGAGUGGUCCCAGUGCGCGGUCCUGUCACAAGAUGUGCAUCGACAGCCAGCGGCGGCAGAUCUACACACUCGGCCGCUACCUAGACUCCAGCGUCAGGAACAGCAAGUCUCUGAAGAGUGACUUCUACCGCUACGAUGUCGACGCCAACACCUGGACACUGCUCAGCGAGGACACGUCAGCCGACGGCGGGCCCAAGCUCGUCUUUGACCACCAGAUGUGUAUGGACUCGGAGAAGCACAUGAUCUAUACGUUUGGUGGUCGAAUUCUGAUGUGUAACGGCAGUGUGGAGGACAGCAGGACGUCCGAGCCCCAGUUCAGUGGGCUGUAUGCCUUCCACUGCCAGGCCGGAACAUGGAGCCUGCUCAGAGAAGACUCCUGCAACGCUGGGCCUGAGGAUGUCCAGUCUCGCAUCGGACACUGCAUGCUCUUCCACACUAGGAAUCGUUGUCUGUAUGUGUUCGGAGGUCAGAGGUCAAAGACGUACCUGAAUGACUUCUUCAGCUACGACGUGGACGGGGACCAUGUGGAGAUCAUCUCAGACGGAACCAAGAAGGACUCCGGCAUGGUGCCGAUGACGGGCUUCACCCAAAGGGCCACCAUAGACCCAGAGCUGAAUGAGAUCCACGUUCUGUCUGGCCUCAGCAAGGACAAGGACAAACGAGAAGAGAACGUCCGUAACUCAUUCUGGAUCUACGACAUCGCACGCAACAACUGGUCGUGUGUGUAUAAGAAUGACCAGGCGGUGAAGGAGAACCCCAGUAAGGCUCUGCAGGAGGAGGAGCCCUGUCCACGCUUCGCACACCAGCUGGUCUACGACGAAAUGCACAAGGUACACUACCUGUUUGGAGGGAACCCAGGGAAGUCGUGCUCUCCUAAGAUGCGUCUGGAUGACUUCUGGUCCCUCAAGCUGUGUCGCCCCUCCAAGGAGUACCUGCUCCGACACUGCAGAUACCUAAUCAGGAAGUACAGGUUUGAGGAGAAGGCCCAGUCGGAACCUCUGAAUGCUCUGAAGUACCUGCAGAACGACCUCUCUCUGACCGUGGACCACACCAACCCUGACGAGACCAAAGAGUUCCAGCUCCUGCCCUCAGCUCUCUUCAAGUCCAGCUCUGACUUCAUCCCUCUGGGUUUCUCAGACGUGGACCAGACGUAUGCCCAGCGCACGCAGCUCUUCGACAUGCUCGUCAACUUCUUCCCGGACAGCAUGACCCCGCCCAAGGGUAACCUCGUUGACCUCAUCACACUCUAGCCCCACCCCAGAACCCUACGCACCACCACCAUAUGCCAAUAAGACUGAUUGGCUGGCCCAAAGCCAAACUUCAUAUUUUUCUACACUUGACCCUUCCAAGUUCACGGGUGCUCUGCUCGCGGACUGCACUUGUUGACCCCCUCUUUAGGACGUUGGUUCUUCAACAGCGGAACUGAACUAAAAGGGAAAAUGAGGGUCAGACCACUUGCGAUUUAAAGGGGUUGAUACUGAAUGUCACUGUGUGGUAAAAUAAAAAAAAACACAAACUCCCCUGGGCCUGAUGGUCUUUGUUGAAUAAACUGAUUUAUCAGUUUAAAAAUAACCCAGAACUCUGCCAAACAUAUCUUCUGUGUCAACUCAUUUGAUUUGUGAGGUUUACAUGAUGCUUUUACGUGCUGUGUUUUGAGUUUGCUUGGCAUUAGUAGCCUGUUAGAUCAAGGAGGAGUCUCUCUUCCUCUUAUUUUCCACUCUGCCUUGCAUCCGUCUCUCUCUGACACUCACUCACACAAACCUGCUUGUGAAAGUAGUUGUUACUUAAUGACACCCUGUCAGCACAUUGUACGCUGAAUAUACCUUCAACCAAGUUCAUGAUUUUUGCUUGCUCUGCCUGUAUUAUUGGUGCCAUAUUAUAUACCCCAUAUUUAUAAUUAUGACGGCCAUGCUGUUACACACUACGUGUCAAAAUGUUAAUUUUGUUAUAUAGAAACAAUAGAAUAAUGAUCCUAAGAGACAAUAUAUAUGUCAAUUUAAAUCCUAUCGAUGUAAAAAAAAAAAAUCAAUCAUGGGUUUGGGGGAAAACAUUGUCAAGUUGUCAAAAGCUUGUGAUUCUGGUAAUGGCUACUGUAGCUUUAGUGUGAUGUAAUCAUGGAUCUGUCACUGAGGCAUGUUGGGAAAUGUAGUUUCCAAGUAUGAACGUUAUUAUUUUAAAACUCAAAACUCCCCAUCUUGUAAGAACUGCAAAAUGAUGUUCCUGCUGUGUCAGAGGGAGAUUUUUGUAUGUACAAACACACAUCUAUACUCGCAUGAUCUCAUUGACUGGGAUGUAUCUUCCUUUGACGAUGGGAGUUUAUUUUAUGGGUAAAGGAAGAAUGAAUGAUUGCUUUCAUUGAGAGAGCGCCCAGUCUUCCCCUGCAGCUAUGGCCUGAUUACUGGGUUCUCUCUGUUUCUUAUGCAAACAGUGAUGACUAGACAUUCUUCAAUUCUAACCUAAAGAAAUACAGAACACUAGAUUUCAUUCUUACUCAGAAUAAGGCGAUAGGAGCAUUCACAAGUGAUCUCUAAACACCAAGUUAGCAAAUGGUAUCUGUCUUGUGGCUCCAGCCAAAGUUUUGAUGUACAAGACAUGUUUUUGAUUGGUUCAUAAUCAUUAUGCUGGAACUGAGGAUGCCCUUUUGAUAUAGCUGGUGUGUGUGUGUCCGUCAAUAUGUGUGUUUGUCUCGGAUCGCCAGGGUAUUUUGUCUAGUCCACCUGUGUAACAUAAUACAAACAUUUGCCUCAUAUUGUUCUUCCAUUAAUCUCAGUAGGAGAGAUGAUUGAAGUUAUCCCUUUCCCCUCCUUCUCAAGAAUAGUAGUAGCCUAGUCUUCCAUUACAUUGUGUGUAUUGUCUAUAUAUUCAGAGACAGCUGUACAGUAUGCAGAGUACACUAGGCAAAGGCCUAUGGAGUCUGUGAAAUAUCCAUCCCCUUUGUUUUUAGAUCAAUCAACUCCACUAUCAGAUAACCAGAGAUGGAGGGACUAUUCACAUUCAAGGAGACAAACACUUAGUGCUUGACUCCUGUCAAGGGUGGUAGUCAAACUUUAGAGAUUUUUUUCUUGUUAGAUCCUUAUAAUUCCUUGAUCAAAAUCCUAAUCAAAUUGGCAGAUUGUACACUACGUCCCAAUAGAUUCAUUACAUCUGGUUUCUUCAUACAGGCAUACACAUGAAGACAUCUGUUCUUAUUGUUAGAAGAUGAGUGAUCAGAUCCGAUUUCUCUGUUCAUUUGCACUCAUGUCCUCAGUAAUCAGUAUUAGCUUAAUUUGAAUCAGUCAGUGCUGUGUGCGUUUGCUACUUGUGUGCACGGUGCACACACCUGUCUGCUUACAGUGUGUGAGCUUAACUAGUUUGUGUGCUUGUUUGUGUCUGUUUGCUAUUGUAUGUCUUCUGCUGCCAUCAUAUUACGCUAAAUAAAUAUUAGCUCUCUGACCUGAGAUCCAGAGAGAAAGGAGUGUCAUACUUACCAUCAUAGCUUUGUAGUAAAACCCGUUAUUUAGGAAGGACUCGUUUAUGUUCAUUAUCACAGAAGACUUUUGCGAUGUUUGCAAUUAGUUUCUUUGCCAGGAAAAAAUAAGCUUAAGAAAACAUGAAAUAAAGAGGCACCUCUGGAAGAAAAAAAAAAAAAAUAUAUAUAUAUAUAACACAAUGCCAAGUAAUUAUUUUUCUUAUUUUUGGGAGGGGAAGGAAAUUAUAAUUUUCAGAAAAUGAUGGAAUGUUAUUUUCUUCAUCUGCCCCCUCUUCUCCCCAACUGGGACUCAGGAGUAUGUGGAGUACUCUAGAGUGCGUGAAUGAGCACUACUCGGUGGAUAAGGUGAAUGUGUAGAGAGCCUAUUGUAUGUAAUGUACAUAACGAAUAAAGAUUGUAUUUUGUUCAGGUUUUCAUAAAUAAAUGACUACGGUCUUUUGAUUUGUUUGUAACCAGUUGGGAUGCAACUAUACAUUUUGUAUUUUGAUUGUUUCAUCAAUUUACCAUUGGUGAAAAGUUACAAAAAAUACAACACCUGUUUGAAAUAA